GGAGGGCGGGCCGGACUUCUGCCAGCCUCAGGAUGGCCUUGGCUGUCCGUGCUUCAGCUGUGGGGCUGAGAGCAUAAAAGUUUCCCGGGGGAAGGCCAGGGGCAAGGUUUCCCCUGUCCCAAGCAGAUCUGGAUGGGGGGACCUUGUCAUUAUGGAGGGGGUACUAUACAAAUGGACCAACUAUCUAAGCGGCUGGCAACCUCGAUGGUUCCUUCUUGCAGGAGGUGUGUUAUCCUAUUAUGACUCACGGGAAGAUGCUUGGAAAGGCUGUAAGGGGAGCAUUCAGAUGGCAGUUUGUGAAAUUCAAGUUCAUUCUACAGAUAAUACACGCAUGGAUUUGAUGAUUCCUGGAGAACAGUGUUUUUAUCUCAAAGCUAAAGAUACAGCUGAAAGACAAAAAUGGUUGGUUGCCCUGGGAACUGCCAAGGCUUGUUUGACAGAUAUUCGGACAUUAAAAGAAAAAGAAUUUACAGAAAAUACUGAAAUGUUGAAAACAAAAAUGGCAGAACUUAGAUUAUAUUGUGACCUCCUGGUUCAGCAAGUGGAAAAAAUUAAAGCAAUUACUACAACUUCACACGUUCAGCAUGGAAUUAAUAUGGGAACACUAUUGAACUCCAGUUGUGCCACAUUCCUGAAGACUCUUGAAGAAUGUAUGCAGAUUGCAAAUGCUGCCUUUUCUUCUGAAUUGCUUCAACAUACUCCAGGAGAAACUUCAUAUUCAGUUAUUCGCAAAUUAAACAAGCUGAAACUUCCUGCCAUACUUAGCCGCAGUGUAACAGAAAGGAAGAUGGAACUAAAGCAAUAUGAAAAUGGGUCUAUUUAUAAAAAUACUACCCUUCAUGAAAAAACUUUUAUUGAAAAAUCACCCCCUGUACCCCUAAAGAGAAGCGAAAGGAAAGGUAGCCCCAGUAAAGAUGGAGAAAACAAGCUGCUACCACAAGGGAACAUUCAAGACGACAAACCUUUAGAGCCUUUAGAAGAACAUGUAAACAGAUCAGCAGACACAGAUCUUCCUACUUUCUUCAGUGCUAUGAAAUAUAGAUUUAGUGAUAUCAAGCUUUUUGAUGAUGGGGGAAUACCAACAGAAGAAUUUCUGAAUUCCUGUUAUGAAAUAGUUCCAGUCUUGGACAAACUUGGACCCACAGUCUUUGCCCCUGUUAAAAUGGAUUUUGAAGGAAAUAUAAAGAAAAUAAAUCAGAAAUAUAUAACCAACAAAGAGGAUUUCUGUACCCUUCAAAAAAUUGUCCUUCAUGAUUUGAGCACUGAAGUGGCGCAAAUUCGACACUCUGCUACACAGGCCCUCCUCUGGCUUAAAAGAGGUUUAAAAUUUUUGAAGGAGUUCUUGACAGAACUAAAGAAUGGAGAGAAAAACAUCCAAACAGCACUGAACAAAUCUUAUGGCAAAACAUUACGACAGUAUCAUGGCUGGGUUGUUCGAGGAGUUUUUGCGCUAGCUCUAAGAGCAUCUCCCACCUAUGCAGGCUUUGUGGCUGCGUUGUCGCUUGCAGAAUGUGAAAAUCAAGAAGAAGCUUUUUAUCAUGGAAUGCAGCGGGACCUUAAUAUUUACCUACCAGCCAUGGAAAAGCAGCUCAACAUCUUGGAUGCAUUAUAUGAAGAACAUGGACUAGAGUCAGAUGAAGUGGUCUGACCUCAGCUCAACUUUGUUUUCAAUAUUCAGGGAUUCUGUCCAUCAGUGUACUAUGUUGCUCUUUUCCUCAGAAAGCUGUAUCUGUUUUUGUUUUUUUUCCAUACAUGGGAAAGAAUUCCAUGCUGCUUCUUUUUUUUAAUAUACAGUUUUAAAAAAAUACUUGUUUUGUGUUUAAAUGCAAAGUUGCUGUUUAAUCUAGCUGGGUUCCACCUAUCUUUACGGCAAGAUCCUUAGAAUAGAGAUAUAUUGUUUAUUUAAUGAAUAACAGGCCAAAUAUGGAAGUGGUUCCAGUCUGAGGAGUUUAGUACCAUUUGGUUGGACAUUUAAAACUUGCUGAAGCAUUUAUUCCAACCCAGUGAUAUAUACCUGUAACUGUAAAACUCAGCCAAUUCACAUUAGAGUCUGUCUUGUAAAGGAUUUAUAUCACAACUACAUCUUUGCUCUCCCUUCUUUUGCCAAGUUCACAUUGAAUUUUGAAACUAUUGGCUGUAUCUAUUAAGGGAGCUAUAGCAAUGAACCAGCUCUAUUCUACUUAACAGGUAUGAUACACCUCUUAAUAGAAUUUAUUUCUUCUAACCUGGAGCUGUGGUUUCAUAAUAGCCCAGAAAUACCAGGAAAAAAGAGGGUUAAUUCUGCCCUGUGCCAUAAUUGGAUUUAGUCCUUUCCAGUGCUAAUAACCAAAUGCCCUUGGAUUCUAGGACUGGAAGUAUAUACCUAACAUCAUAUAGUGCAAAAGUGUCUCAAACUGAUAUGCUCUGGAUUGGGCAGAACUUUUGCUAUUCCUACACUUUUCAUAUUAGAAGCCUACAUUUUAUGGUUGGUCUAGCACUAUCAGAUCUGGCUAAAUUUAGAACAAAAUGAGAUAAAUAGUCCAUAAUAGUGGGAAACCUUUAACAUUCUGUAUAGGCUGGCCCAUCUAUAUGAAUGUGCUUAAAGCAAACUUAGAGUAUUUUUUAGGUUUUAAAUUAUUAGGAACUAUUAAUUAGAAAUUUCAAAGAAAACUUGAAGUUUUAGGAUUAGAAAACUAAGUUGGUAUCUGGAUAUAGCUACCUGAUGAUCUACCUGGGUAAUAAAUUGCUAGUCUAUAAAAUUUGAAACAUUCUAUAAUUAACUAAGCACAAAUGCUGUCAUUUAUACAUACCUGCAUUUAUGUCAAUAGAAUGAUUGUAGAAAAUUGUAUUUUGCCAUCUUAAUCAAAUGCAAUGAUUGGAUAACUCAGGAAAUCCAGAAACUUUAUCUAUUGUUUCUCUUUUUAAGCAUUUAUAUUUUGCUUUUAUAUUCAAUAUACAAACAAUGAAGUUUGGAAUUCAUUAUAGAAACACUUAACCAAUGGUCUUAUCAUGUUAUUUUGUGAGCAAUUGGUACAUGAAAUAUGUUUUUUCCAUCACACAUUUAUAUGCCCAUGCUUUUUUUAGAAAUAGUUUCUUUUUGAAGUCAUAAGGCCGUAUUAAAAAAG